GAAAAAGCUUCAAAAAAGCCUCAGUGAGUUUGAAAUCAUUAUUGUCGUGACUUGCGAAGUUAGUUGUAGUUCGGGCUGUUUUCUGCGUCCUUGUUUAGCACACAAGUCCAUGGCCACUGGUCUAGGCUGGCAGGACGUUGCUUGCAGCUAGCAGCAGAUCUAAUCCACGGCUGAGUGUGGGAUGCAUGAUUUGUGAAAAUAACCUUCCUCACGUUGUGUUGUGAAUUCGACUGUUGUGACGGUAUUAUUGCUUUUCGAACUACACCCACUCGAUCCUGGGAGAUGUCCCGACAAGCCACGAAGCAUCAGAGAAGGCAGGAGCGACUGGCGGAGCAGCUUGUCUCCCGCGUUACUGGUCUUGACGAUGGUGAUGUUAACUUUUCGACUGCCCUACAAUACGUCGUCUCCAGUAUAGUGUACCAUCGCUUCCUGGAUGCAUCUCGGAACAGCGUAGAGAGGAGUGUCGACGGACUGUGCACAAAGUUCAAGGUUCACGUCCAGCAGGAGAAGAGUGACAAACUGCGGCAGCUUGUCGACGAGUUUCUCCGGCGGGAUCUGAGGAGUAAUUCAGCCAAGAGUGAGUGCCACUAUGCUAUUCUGGCGUUCCUCCUUCACGUGUCCGAGUCACCACUGCGUUCACACUACACUCCUGAAGACUGGACUGUGCCUGAUGACAGUAAGAAAGAAUUGUCCGCAGCUGAGUGGUAUAAGAUUCUGCACGAGGAUGAUGAGAUGCCAGUGGCUUUCUCCAGUGGGAGUGACUUAGAGCCGUGGAGCUCUAGCGAGGAUGACGAUGAUGAACAAGCGCCCCAGACAAGGACGUCUGUCACGCAAUCUCGCGGAGAGAACACCGUAUACGAGUCGACUGGCGAUCCUGGAGCGUCGAGCACCUCUCUCCGAUCCGCACAGGCCAGUGCCGAACUCACCCCGUCCUCCUCCUCUCUGCAAUCUCUCACCGUGGCUCAGCAGUCGUCCCUCACCGCCCACCACCGCAGCGUGCAGCGGAAAUCGUUCAUUCGCUCGCAGCUCACGCAUCGCUAUUGGCAACAGUCACCGCGGCACUGGCCCGUAACGGAGCUGGCACCCGGUGACUGGCUGGGCAAGGAUCAUCUGCUCUCUGCUCUAUGCUGUACUGCUCAGUUGCGAGGGUCCAUAUUGCAUGCACCGCCGGCACACUACGACGUGACCGAGCAGAAAGCAGUGCGCGAAACUAUCUGGUGUCUGUGCGGUUCCACACAGUUGUUUGUGUAUGUUGCAAGGAGCAAUGGCGGUGUCAGCCCACGGCCACACGUCCAAGUGCCACAUUUCACUGAGGAGUCGUUGCGCCGAGCGUUGCAGCGUUUUGCCAACGUGGCCAACAAGCUGACGUAUGUACGUCAAUUCGUGACGGAUGCGCUGCAGUACCCGGCAAGCGGUAAAGGCCAGCCCUGCGGUCCCAGUCGCCCUUCACAUGCUGCCACUCGCGGAGCAUCGGCGACGACGACGACACAACACCCACCGACUACUGGCGCUCCUCCGGCUGCUGUUGGCAGUGACAACGGUUGGCACGGUUCUCCGGUCGGGAAUGGCUGCUGCCAGACCGUGCAGGCGUUUGCCUCGGCCGUCAACGAACACGUUGGGGUGCUCACCGGAAAGCUGUGUGACUUGGAGGAGCUGAACAGAACGUCAGAGUCAUGUCGUACACUGCUGCAGCUACGUAUGCGCGUGGCUGACAUGGAGUCCAAGAUUGAUCUCCUGUAUGACCUUGUCACUCGUGGUGUGCGUUACGACUUUGGUGAUAAUCGGCAGGUCAGCUGUCACUUGAUUAACACCAUAGAGACUAUCCUCGCCGAUAUGUCACUCUACGGCGCCAAGCAUAUCGACGAGCGCAACAUGGUCAUCUCUGUUCUCCUGAUGACAGUGCGUCCUUAUAUGGCAAUGGUUGAGCAGUGGAUGACUUACGGCAGUCUAGUGGAUCCAUAUAAGGAGUGCCUGAUCAUGCAGAGCGAUUCCCUGUCAGCGGAUCCAUCACUGGACUUUUCGGCACAUUGGUGGAGAGAUGCGUUCACUCUGUGGAAAGCCGCGCCAUCGCGUUCGGUGACCUCUUCCUCUUCUGUUCAGCAACCAUCGUCUUCGGUCGACGGUGAGAGAAAGACUCAAGCGACUGAUGGUGAUGUCAUGAAAAGAGGCGGCGAUGUCAUAACAAGAGAUGGCGAUGUCACUGCUGAGACAAGGAAUGUCGUAGCGAUCCCGGAGCUGUUUCAACAGAGCAUAUCGCAAGCAUUGCAGGCGGGCAAGUCGCUGUGUUUGCUGCGCACGCUGGAGAAAAUUUCAACUGGAACGGUGCACGCAUCAACACUGAAAGAGCCACAGACACUUGUGGCUAGUCUGUUUCAAGAGUUCCUGACUUCUCUGCAACGUCGCCUGCUCAACAUCGGCGACACGGCCACUCUAGCUGAUGGCGGUGGCGGGGAUGGCCUUGCACUCGACAGCACCCCAAGUAACCGUGAUGACCUGAGCUGCAGUAUCCAUGACGACGCAACGAGCAUCGCGACGACCACCAGCGGCACGCUGUCCUCUCUGGACAGCUUGUCCGUCGGCUCCGUUCAGAACUUUGACAUUGAUCGGGAGUUCCAGCGAGCAGACACACGCACUGACGCACCGGACACCGGUUAUGUGAUGUUGCCACGACGACUGCAGGACGACUUCCUUUCACUACCGCGUCUAGAUGCACUCGCAUCCGACCGUACGGGUCAACUCCAGUCUCCCGGCAACGUUUCCAUGGCAACGUGUUCAAGUAUUUCUCCGCAGCGCAGCGCCAGUUCAUCCGAUGGUCUAAGCACUGGGCUGACGCGGGACAGUGUGGAUUUUGGCUCGCAGGUUGCCAAGGCGAUGCCCUCUCCGUCACCUGGUUAUUUGUCGGCGCUUGCACCCAAUGCUCUGCUAGGCCGUAACUUUGCUUCGUUGACCACUGUGCACCUGGGGAAUUCCCCCAUGCAGCGUCAGCUCGCCACUCUGCAGCGAAGCAAAGUAACUGCCGGUGGUAGCGGCGGCGGUGUCUUACAAUCAUCACCAUGCAGUAGAGCCCACUACACUCGCACACACGCCUCUUCGCACACAUCACCAUCAGUGAUUACAUCAUCGCAUGGAACAAUUACAUCAUCACACUGUGCCACUACGUCAUCGGCAUGCAGCACGAUCUCAUCAUCUACCGACAACGACAGGAGUUUCUCCGUUGAAUCCGCCGGUGACACUGACGACGCGUCCUCGCGUCUGGAGAGUAUUCGCCGAGCUGUUCUGAACUCGGCCCAGCGUGGGCGGACAGCUUUGUCCAGUGCUGGUGGCGGCGGUGUCGGUGUGGCUGUGGCUGCUGCUGCCGCUGGCGGUGCUGUGGAACUGUUCUCGGACGACUUGAGUGCUGUGACGAGAUUGAUCAACACUCUGCCACUGUACCACGUACCGUUCUCCAUAGCACUGAACAGCAGCCUGCCACCUUUGCUGCACCGACGAUCCGAUGCCAUCUGCAAGCAGCUUGCGGAUGUUCUGCGUAAUAAGUACUCACUGGCCUCGCAUCUCAAGCAUCUCCAGAGCUACUUUCUGAUGGAAGCCGGUGCCACCAUGCAUCACUUCUCAGCUAGUAUCUUCCAGCAGAUCUGUGCGGGAGAGGACUGGUUACGUACUAGCAACCUGAACGCACUGCUACACGAAGCGCUCUCUUACAGCAAUGAAUGCGACGAAAUCUCCAGUUUGCUGAGUAUUGACAUAGUGCAGCCACAGAUGAUGCCCGCAUCGUCAUCGUCAACGGCAACGAGUACUGCUGCUAGCAAGCGCCGUGUUCUGGCCAGCAAGCUCUCGGCGACCGAGUCGACCGCGUUUGGCUUUGAUCGCCUGAGCCUUCUGUAUCGGACGGAGUGGCCAGUCGACAUAGUGGUGAGCGAGAAGGCCCUGGACGAUCUCAACCGCGUGUUUCGAUUCCUGCUACACCUGAAGUUUGCCAAGUGGAGCCUGGACAACUGCUUCUGGCAAGAUACGGACCUAUCGCGUGCGUGCGGUGCCGAUUCUCCAAUCUACAAGCGUGCCUUCCUGCUGCGUGUCAAGCUACUGCACGUCGUCAACGCCAUCCACUCGUACAUCAUGACGCGCAUCCUGCACAGUGUGGGAAACGAGUACAUGAGUCGGCUGGCGACCGUUGAAGACCUCGAUAGCAUCAUUGAGUGCUUCGAUAGCUUUGUAAACCUCGUCUUGGACAGGUGCUUGCUAGGCCCAGAGACGUCGUUUGUUCGCGAGGCCGUGCUGAAGUUGCUGCGUCAGGCCGUGCUCUUCCGACAACUCUGCACCGGCGGCUUGGAGCGUAUGAGUCUGGAACGGAUCAACGCCAUGUUGACCGAGUGUGACAAGUGCCACACAUUUCUCCUUGGUGUCUUCAACGGCAUCAUCCGACGAGGAGCGUUUCCACAUUUGGAAGCGCUGGCAUUGUCUCUGGCAUGGAAAACGUAACAUAAUGGCAAGCUCGAAGAACAGUGACGUGGACUUUCGACCGAAGGCAGACACGUCUCUCUCUCUCUUUCUCUUCCUCCACCUUUCUCGACCCAGCAUGCUCUAUUCCCUUGAGAAUCUCGCUCAAUUUCGCACAUAUGUUCCUGUCCCUCACUCCCGAGCGGAGUUUUCCCUCCUUUUGAAUUGAUCCCGCGGACUAUUUCCUUCAUGAAAUCCAUCGUAUUAUGCUUUCCCGCAUUCCCAGUAUUUACAACGGUUACUCUGUCAGCCCCUUGAAAUUUUUAUUAAUUUUUAUUUUAUAAGAUUUCUACCUAUCUGCCAUAAUAUGCGUAUGAGCCAGGUAGUUGUAUAGACCCUACACUGUACCUUAGACCAAGAGUACAUAAACAGUGUGGAAUAUGUACUCUUGAUUAGACCCUACACAAAACUCUCUGUUGGUGUGAGCAGUCAAUUUGCUUGUUUUUUUUUUUUUUAACAUUUAAAAAAAUAAGAGGAGCUUAGAAGUUGCAAAUAAAAGGGGAUUUGUCAACUGACAACCGCUCUAUUUAGUUGCAAUUCACUCUUGGCGCAUGCACUGGAUGAAAAAUUCUUUUAUUACUAGUGAUGUCGGAAAUUAUUGACGUUUCGCGCCAGUAACCCAUCGUCAGAAGUUGCGGCUUCAUUAAAUAAAGGAGGUUGUGUUUAAUCCUGUUAGCUGAAUUGUAUGAUAAUCUGAUCAUCACUUCUCAGAGCAUACUCAAGCCUACUUACUCAUUGGCGCAUGGCCAUCGACUUAUUCCGGUACAUUCAAAUCAAUCCUCGUCUGAACCUGUGCUUUCUAGUUUCAUCAUAUUUUUUAACCCAUUUUAUGAUUUUAGGCUACUUUUUGAAUUUGGCUUUUUGAUUGAGUUGUAUGAUGCAUUGAUGUUGGGAUUUUAGACCCAAGCUUUUUUGAACUACAUGCAGUAUGGAAAAAAAGAAAAUGAUUUGUCGGA